CUGGAAUAAAGUUGUAUUUCCCUUAUUUAACAUAUCCUUAAAUUAAUUACAGGUUUUAAUUGUAUUUAAACGCUAUAAAUGUAAACGUAUUGAAAAAGACUGUGUUAAUUUUAAGAUAGAUGAUAUAUUGCACUGAAUGUGUUGAUGGACAAUUGUAUAGAGCUAUAAGGACUUAUUAUUAACAAAAGUGGUUAUCUUGCACCGUCAUAUAUUCCUCCUAAAACCAACAGUACCAUAAAUCACAACAAUCAUAUAUAAUCAUUUGAAGUAUUCCGGACUUUUGGAUUCUUAACAAUUGUAGUGGUUGGUUAUCACUAUGACACGAAAACGCCUAAAACCGACUGUUCAAGAUCGUGGCUAUGCUUGGGUAAUUGUAGCUGCGUCGUUCUGUAUCCAGUUUAUCCAAGAUGGCGUGCGUUUCUCAUAUGGCCUUUUCUUCGUAGAGUUCCUGAAAGAAUUUAACACAGGCAAAGGUCAGACCGCAUGGGUUGGUAGCAUAACACUGUCUGCGUUCAACCUUCAAGGUCCAUUAUCAGCGUAUAUAGUAAACAGGUUUGGAUACCGCUUCAGUACUAUUCUUGGCUCUUUGAUCACAUGUGUUGGCUUCUUGUUGAGUUAUUUAGCACCUAAUCUAUAUUUUCUCUACUUUACAUAUGGCGUUUUGCAAGGUAUUGGAUUUGGGAUGGUUUUCCUGUCCUCAUUUGUUGCCACUGGAAAAUAUUUCAAAAAGAGAAGGGCACUUGCUGUAGGGAUUAGUUUCUCUGGGGGAGGUAUAGGAACAUUGGUAUUCCUCCCUAUCGCAAGACUGAUAAUUGACACGUUUAGAUGGCGAGGGGCAAUGUUGAUAUUAGCUGGUGUUGCUUUGAAUGGAUGUGUCUUUGGAUCGCUUUUAAGACCAUUUAUAGGUGAUGAAUCAGAACUCGAAGUUGUAAACGAAACUGACGGAAAGCCUGCGACAAUUAAAGAAAAUAAUAAAGAUGUCACAACAACAGUAUUUGCAGACGUAUCAAAUACAUCUGACGAGCAUUGUCAAGCUGGUAAAAAAGAAGAACAAACUGUUCCCUUGGUUGUCAUGAAACCUAAUGAAGAUAAUACGGAAAAUGCAAACAGACGUUUCGAAUUACCACCAUCUCAUCAUUCGUCUUAUGUUGAGGAUCAUGAUUUUUCCGAAGAAGAUACGCUAGCACCAAUAACGCAUGAAACAGACACCUUGGAAGAGAAUGAAGAACAUAAAGAACUUAAUCCAAAAAUCUUGCAUGGUGAUACUGGUGAACAAGACGGGUUCAAAAUUGCUUUCAUAGAAAAGUUUUGUCCAAAAGGGCUAGUGACGAAUAGUAAUUUUAUUAUUCUUAUGCUGUCAACAGUGUUUAUAGCCUUGCCAGAGUUUGUACCAUAUAGUAUGUUACCGGACUUUGCAUUAAAUGUAAACUGUAGUUCAGCACAAAGUGCAUGGAUGUUGUCGACAGUUGGUUUAGGAGCAUUAAUAAGCCAAGCUGGUGCCGGAUGGAUAGCUGAUAUGAAAUGUGUUCAUAAUCUUAGUCUUCUAGGCGGUUGCCUUUUAUCAAUCGGUGUAACUACAAUGAUUGUUGCUGUAAUCCCCAUGUUUUGGACGCUCAUUACGUAUUCAGCUCUUUAUGGAAUGCUUUCCGGAGCUAUGUACGCGGUUCAGCCAAUUGUAAUAUUGGAGUAUAUAGAUGAAAAGUACAUGGCGACAAUGCAAGGGUUGACCAUGUGGGUGUACGGUAUUUCGGGAUUAAUUGGAAGUCCCGCCGCUGGUUGGUUGUUUGACGCUACUGGAAGUUAUACAUCAAGUUUCUUGGCAGCAGGGGGUUGUUUUGUACUUAGUGGUUGUAUCAACUUUCUAGUCUUGUGUACAAAACGUAGCAGAACAGCAAGAAAACUUAAUAAAUUAAAGCAAGAUAUCAAUGAGAUGACCUGCAAUGAAUGAGGACAUAAAAUAAAUCAAGAUUCCUUUACACUAGUCAAAUAUUUCAUAAUUUGAUUCGGCGAUUAUCUUGACUGCAUUUACAUAGCGACAAUGAUGUUUUGUCAAGGUUAUUGUGUAUGACACCUUUCCAAUCUGGUAAAGACAUAAUUUAUCUUUCAUACGACUGUGAUAUAGCUUUAAAAAUGUGUUUAUACGGUUGUGUUAUUGAGUCAUUCAAAUCAUGACAUUCUUUACAAAGGUUCAUUAAACCAUUUUAGUACAUUACCAAUUGAUAUUUGUAACUUUAAGUAUAAAGAACUAAGGUUAAGUAAUUGAAUAUGCAUAUGUUAAUUGUUGACAGUUGUAUCACACUUCAUAAACCGUCUUGUGUUCUCAAUUUUGUCUCCUUUCGAAAAUCUUUAUUUUGCAUCAAUCACAUGACAGGUGUAUACGUUGUUUUGAUAUAUUUUUAUAUAAAGUCUGUUCAAUUUUGAGUAAAAAAAUACAGAUGAUUGUGUUCAA